UUUUAAAACCAACGCCGCAAAACAACGCCGAUCUUUUGCGGCGAAUUUGACAGUUCAAGUUUAUUGUCUUCAGGGAGUUUGUACGCGAGUCUCUCUCUUCAAGUUUUAACAAUUUUAAAUGUUAAGUGCAUCAUUUAGUAUGCUUGUUUCCUUCAAGUUCUGAGUGGCUGGCUGGACUAUCUUAAAAUCCGUUCUUAUCCACUGAGUUGCAGUUCAAGUUGUCAUCACAGCGUGUGGCCAUGUGGAGCGCAGACGGCGCCGGCGGCGACUCAGCCGACUGGGAGCUGAGCAAGGAGAAUGUGCAGCCGCUGCGCCAGGGCCGCCGGCUGGACGUGCUGAACAGCUCACUCCAGCCGGCAGCGGACGACCAGGUGGCGCAGAAGGUCGCCGAACAGCGCAGGUCCUUUGAGCUGGAGAUCCGUACGUACACGGGCGACGACCCUCUGUCUCCCUGGCACCGCUAUGUGCUCUGGAUGGAGCAGCACUGCCCUCGCGGCGGACACGAGGGCAACCUGGACGGCCUGCUCACGCAGUGCAUCGCCCGCUUCACGGCCGAGAAACGCUACCACCAGGACCCGCGCUUCGUGGCGCUCAUCAUCAAACAGGCUCUGAGCACCCAGGAUUCGCUGCCCAUGUUCAGGAAUAUGUUCAACCGCGAGAUCGGCACGAAGCUGACCAUGUUCUACCGCGCGUGGUCGGCCCAGCUGGAGCUGGCAGGUAAGAUGCUUCAGGCCGACUUGGUGCUGGCCGAGGGCGAGCGACUCGGCGCCGAGCCGGCCGAUGAGCUCGCCGAGGCGCGGCGCAAGCUGCAGACCCGCGUGGCCAGCGCUCUGGCCGCCGGGCAGCUGCCGGCGCAGACGGCACAGGUCGCCCAGAUCGGCCGCAGCGGGGCCGAUGAGCGACACGCGCUCGGCGCGCUCCGAGGCUCCGCUGACGGCAUGGUGCCGCGGCAGCGGGUCGGCGCCGUGCAGGCCGGCGGGCCGGGCACCCUGCCCAUGGCGGCGCCGGCCGCCCACCUGCCGCGCCACAACCAGCGCCUCAAGGUGUUUGUCGACGAGAACGCCCCACAGACGGCCGUACCGACGCCGGCCCCUCACGGCACGACCACCGAGCUACCCACCGGGCGAGCCAUGCAUAAAGAGAACGUGCGGAAGGCGGGCCCGUGGGGGGCGCCGCAGAAGGCCUCCAAACGGCCGACUCCGCCCGGCGGCCCGGCAGCGCCUGCUUUUAGAGUGUUCGAGGACAGCGGGGCGGGCGCGGCCACUGGCAGUCCCAUCACCAUCAAGCAGGGCGCGCUGGCGACCCGCGCCGCCCCCGCCCCGGCCCCGGCCGGCGGCCUGGACAACAUUCCCGUGGCGCACUUUGAGCCGCCCAAUGACAAAGUGAAGGUCAUGUACCACAAGGAGCUGAUUUAUACUGGUGCUAGCGAGGUGUCCUUUGAGGAGCUGAGGGCGGCCAGGUGGAAAAAGGACAACAAACUGCUGCUGGAGCAGCGCCGUAUGCACGAGGAGAUGAACCGUCAGAUGCAGGAGAUGAUGCGCCGCAACUCUGAGCUGGAGCGGCAGGUGCUGGAGCUGCGCGCCCGGCCUGCCCCGGCGCCGGCUCCGUCGCUACACGGUUCGCUGGGCCUCUCCAACGUCAGUGGAGGCUCGUCCAGUCUCGGAGGAGGACACAGCAACCUGUCGGGCUCGACGGUACUGGCCUCUCCGACGGUCAACACUCGCGACGCGAUGAACUACGUGCGCGAGGUUAUGAACAGAACUGUGGACACGUCCGUGCAGCUGCCAAUGCGCCACGGAACAGUGCCGGCAUUGCCGGCCGCUCCACCGUUCACUGUCUACGAAGAGCCCGAGUCGAUGGUAGGGGAGCGUCCGGCGGCGCCCGCCCCCGCCCCCGCCCCCUUCUCCGUCUACGAGGAGCCCGAGGCCGGCGCCGCGCCGGCCGCCCAGGAGGCGCCUCCCGCCGCCGCCGCCGCCGCACCAUUCGCCGUGUACGAGGACGACGCCUGCGCCCGGCCGGCCGACGACGGCGACGACGACUCUGACCGGGAGAACCGUCCCCCGGCCGACUGUCCGCCGCCGCCGCCGCGCCGCCGGCCGCCGCACGUCCUCGUCGACGCCGUGGACAUCCCGACGGAGCCACUGGGCGCCGAGGAGCCGGACCCUGCUCCCAGCGCUCCGCCAGCGCGCCGGCCGCUCCAGUUUGACGACGAACUGACCGGCUUCGUGCCCCUGACUGAUGAUGUGACGAUCGCCGCCGGAGACCUGUCGCAGUUCGCGGCGGCGGCCGGCCGCGUCGCCUCGACACCGUUCGCGCCGCCGCAGCCGCCCUCGCCGGUCGGUGGGCGUGCCAGGCAGACGGAGGAGGACAGCGACUUCACGGCCAACCUGAGAAAUGUGCGUAUCGGACGUAAUGCGCAGGAGCGCUGGGCCUCGGAGCGAGUCCUGCCCUCGGAGGGCGUCCAACAGCUGACGCCGAUCAUGGAGCGCUCACACGACCAGCGCUCGUCGAGCGCCAGCGGCAGCAGCGGCUCGGAUAUGUCGCGCCAGUCGCGCGGCGACGUCUCGGCGCCGAUGGGCGGUCAGCAGUGGCGCCAGCGGCUGCCGUCGGGCGCCGACCGGUCGCAGCACCAGCAGUCGGGCCGCGCGCCGCCGCCGCCCCAGCUGACUCAGAGCUCCGGCUACCUGGGCGACCGGUCGUGCUCGGUGCGUCCGGCCUCGGCGGUCGGCGGGGCGGUAAUCGACUGCAGCAUGUCGCGCCGACCGGACUCGGCCGACGCCAGCGGUCUGCAGGCGCCGGACGUCAGUAUGGCGGCGCCGGCCGUCUCACCCAACAGGAGCGCGCUCCGGCCGGCAGAGCUGAGCGAGAAGGCCGCCGAGCUCAGCCUGGCGCCGGCCGCCGAGCUCAGCCCCAUCCAGCCGCCGGAGCUGGCGCCGGCUCAGCCGCCCGCUGAACUCAGCGGCUUCCAGGCGCCGGAGGAGCUCGGGACCAGCCAGCCGCCCGCAGAGCUCAGCGCCCUCCCAGUACCGGCGGCUGAGCUCAGUGAGUUCCAGCCCCCGGCAGAGCUGAGUGGGUUCCAGCCCCCAGCAGAGCUGAGCGGGUUCCAGCCCCCGGCAGAGCUGAGCGAGUUCCAGCCCCCAGCGGAUCUGAGCGACCCCCAGCCACCGCCGGCGGCCGAGCUCUCAGCUCUGACGCUGACGGAGACCCCGGCGCCGGCGGUACCCGAACAUCCCGACCCCUGGGACUCCACGCUGCAAGAGAACCUGCUGAAGAGCCUGUCGCGACCCGUCCAGACCAGACGCUGCUACAAGAGACUAGCGGGCAAACUGCCCAGCUUCUCGCGCAAGGAGAUCGAGAUUGACGGCCAGCGGCUGGCGGUGACUCUGAUCGGCGAGGGAGCGUACGCUCGCGUCUACCACGCCAUCGACCGCGAGACGGGCACCGCGCACUGUCUGAAGGUGCAACAGGAUGGCGGCGACUGGGAGUUCUAUGUGAUCGACGAGCUGCACGAGCGGCUGGCCCGUGACGCGGCAGAGAAUCCGUUCCUGAUGUCUGUGGACCGGAUGGUGGCGUUCGAUAACGGCAGCGUGCUGAGAUCAGACUACCAGAGGGCUGGCACGCUGCUCAACGCCUUCAACAAGGUCUCAGCCAUGUAUGGCAAGUUUGACGAGGGUCUGGUGAUGCUGUUCACCGCCGAAAUGCUGGGCGCAGUGUCAGCCGUUCACAGUGCCGGCCUCAUCCAUGGCGACAUCAAGCCGGAUAACUUCCUGCUGCGUGGCGGUGCGCUGGAGGACGUCGGCCGCCUGCUGUCCCAGCUGAGCAGUGCCCAUCAGCCGCAGCUGCUGCAGCUCAUCGACUUUGGCCGCGCCAUCGACAUAACCCUUCUGCCGCCCGGCACUACGUUCACGCGCGUGGUGACCACGGACGACUUCACGUGCCCGGAGAUGAAGGAGGGCCGCGAGUGGACCUUUCAGACGGACCUGUUUGGCGUGGCCGCGUCGGCGCACGUUCUGCUGUUCGGCAGCUACCUGAAGCUGCGGCGCCGGCCGGCUCCGGAUGGGCCGUGGUCUGUCAGCGGCACCAUAAGACGGUUCUGGUCGCCGGUGUGGGGCGAGUUCUUCUCUACCUUCCUCAACAUCCCGUCGUGCUCUGAGCUGCCGGAUCUAUCCGCGUGGCGGCGGCGCUUCCUGGACCUGGCGCUCUCCAAGCAGCUGGACAAAGCGCUGCACAGUCUCAUGGUGGCCAUCAAACAGCCCUGAGCUGCUCGUCGAGCCGUGAGUGGUACCGCAGAGGGCGACGGCGGUUCUGUGUUUGUGCCUUUGCUGUAGAGCCUUGGAGUGCUGGACUCGGUGUGUGAGUGAGGGGUGAACCUGCUGGUACACGCAAGCUUCCCUGGCGCGUCUGGGGAGUGACAGAGCUGAAUGGAGGUGGGAUUGGGGUGUGCGACAGCGUGACCACUGUCGAAGUGUUCACCGUGUGAGAGUGAGUGGCUGGUUACGAGUGGCGUGGUCCCGCCUGUCGUCUGUGCACCAGCCCCUGUUUAACAUUUGACUCGUGAGUGUGUGGAACUGGCUCCCUCCCACGCCGGUCGACCCCGUGGGUCUCCGGUGAGCGGCCCUUUUCAUGCCGCGUCUUCCUGGCGCUAUGUAGUGCGCCGGUCUGUCGUUUUCCCGAGGGGAGAGACUUCUCUCGCUGAAGCGCGCAUACGAUCGAACGACCGUCGUCCCGGUCCCGGCGAAUGGACGGUACUUGCAGCCGUGUGUGGCGCCUGUGUAUAUAGUGGUGUGCGCAGAAAGCUUCGGCGUACCUAAAUGUAUACCACAUUUGAUCGGUCAUUGAGUUCAGAAAUUGAUUUUAUCUUGUCGGCUUGUCUUUGACUCAUUAGGAUAGUCUUAUAGAUAAGUUUUCCAAAUUUGCUAACAUUUCUCGCUCUUUGGCGCGCGCUUCUUUUAACCAUUCAUGUGUGGUGAUCUCUGGUCGUGUGUUUCGUUGUGCUGCUCAACAGUCCAACAUUGUGUGUCGGUCACCUCGUGCGUCUCGCCGCGACCCGUGCCUAGACCGUCUCCCCAGCGCUGCCGAACGGCAGUGCGGCGGGCGGGACGGUCACUGCUGUCACUGCCACAAGUGCCGACUGAAACCUCGUCUGAUACAUACUGUCAACGGAAGAGAUUAUAACGAGAUUGCCGGGGACCAACAAUAAACGAUGCGCUAAAUUCGA